AUGAUAGUGAUUAAUGGUGUGAAGUACGCAUGUGAACUAUGUAUCAGAGGGCAUAGAACGCAUUCCUGUAAUCAUUCCGAUAGAAAGCUGAUCGAGGUCAGGAGAAAAGGAAGACCAAGCACAACGUGUAUGCAUUGCAAGGAACUCAGAUCAAUAAACAAAUCAAAUCCCUCUGGUAAAUGCCGAUGUUCUAGUACUGCUGUUAAAAAAGAUAUUUCAGCCUUAGAUUGUCUCUGUACCAUCGGUGAAACAUGCAAGUGUCAUUCAAAGAGAAAAAGGAAUACAAAAAUGGUUAAUCCAGCACCUAUAAAAUAUUCACCGCUACCAGAUAGUUUAGCCAAUUCCGAAGACAAGUUAGACGAUUUUUCUUCGCAGCUUGUUGAAGAAUCAUUAUGGGAUAUACUGAACGAAGGAUCCCCUCAGGAGGAGCUCCCCGAUGAGACCUUUGAAACAGAUAGCUUUCUUCAGGCUCUGAAUCGCACAGAAACUAGUCAUAAAGAAAUGGAUCAAAUGAGCACCACUUCUGCUUUGGAUUCAUACAUUGAAGAGAGCCCUCAAUUUUCGAGAUCCAAUGAGAGCAGCUUGUCCAAUAUACCAUUUGAUCUUGUACCGGACCAGCAAUCAAAUUUUCAAAAGCAAAAUGUUAAUAUUUCAUUAAUCAAUUUGCAGGAAGAUAGCAUUAAGGGUGUAAGAGAUAUUCCUGAAGUGACAAUAGAGGACCGAGGCUCCUUUUCGAAUUUUAAAGGAAGUGACCUGAGAAAGACCUCUAAAUCUGGACAGGAUCAUGAGUUUUGA